AUCUGUAUUUUGUUUUGCUGUUGUCAAAUUGUCUCGUCAUGCUAUAGUCUGUGUUGGGCGAACUUGUUUCGGUAAAGCAAUUACUAAGCAGAUUCUGUUGUUAGCAUUUUCCUCCUAACUUUAUACAAUGUCCGCUAGAUACGAUAGAGCUAUAACAGUAUUUUCACCGGACGGUCAUUUAUUACAAGUAGAAUAUGCACAAGAAGCUGUACGCAAGGGAUCUACUGCGGUUGGUGUUAGAGGUAAAGAUGUUGUUGUGUUAGGCGUUGAAAAAAAAUCUGUUGCAAAACUGCAGGAAGAAAGGACUGUAAGGAAGAUAUGUCUCCUUGACGAUCAUGUUGUCAUGGCUUUCGCCGGCUUGACAGCAGACGCACGUAUUCUCAUUAACCGCGCACAAAUCGAGUGCCAGUCUCAUAAACUGACUGUUGAGGAUCCUGUUACAUUAGAAUACAUAACUAGAUAUAUUGCUGGCCUCAAGCAGAAGUACACACAAAGUAAUGGACGUCGUCCUUUUGGCAUAUCGUGUCUUAUUGGUGGAUUUGACUACGAUGGUUUACCCCACCUGUUUCAAACGGAACCUUCUGGCAUAUACUAUGAAUGGAAAGCUAAUGCUACAGGCAGAUCUGCAAAAACUGUUCGUGAAUUUUUAGAAAAAAAUUAUACUGCAGAUGAAGUAGCUACCGAAAACGGCGCUGUAAAGCUGGCAAUUCGAGCUCUACUUGAAGUAGUUCAAUCUGGGCAGAAAAACCUAGAAAUUGCAGUUAUGAGAAGAAAUCAACCAAUGCAAAUGUUAGAUAUGGACACCAUAAACUCAUAUGUGACCGUGAUUGAAAAAGAAAAAGAAGAGGAAGCCGAAAAGAAAAAACAAAAGAAAUGAUUUUUUUUAAAUAACUACUAUAAUACAUUGUAAAAUUUUUACAUAAAUUUUUCAUUUCAUACAAAUCGGGUUUAGGAAUUUAAUAAAUCUAUUGUUUGAGAAAUUUGUGAGUAGAGUUCUCUGAAGUUUGAAAGACCUUCUUGAUUAGAACCUUUAUUAUUAAUCAUGUCAUAGAACAUUUGAUCCCAUUCACCAUGAUAGUGAUUUAUGUCAUCCUUCUAUAAAAGAAAAAUAAGUAGUUUGUGAUAUGUGAUAAAAUUAGAUCAUGAAUAAAAUAUUAAGUGUUAAAA